AUCACAAUCAAAUCAAGUCGACUAAAUUAUACAUUUUCCCAGCUUAUUCUUGUUAAUUGUAAUCAAAUUGAUAUCCAUGAAUAGCAAUCAUGAAAGCAGGCACACGAAAUGGGAUUGGAAACAAAUCAUUUGUUCAAGUUUGUUUCAUACAAAAGUGGUUCAAUUUUGGUUCACUUUUUUUCACCUCGCCGGUCUGGUGUUUACAUUGUUUAACAAUAAUGAAUUUUUUGACUCUGGUUUAUGCUGCUUUAAAGGUACUAACUGCCACACCAUCAGAGUCAACUAUAAGUAAAGUUAUACCUCCACAUGAAUCAACUUGGACUUACGAUGGUAAAGGAAAUGGUAUCAAUGACUGGUAUCAACUUUAUCCAAAAUGUAAAGGACAGUUUCAAUCGCCAAUCAACAUUGAUACCAGAUUAGUUGAUUAUAACAGUUCAAUGAAAAUUGACUUUAUUGGAUUUCAAAAGCUUUACCAGGCUUUCAUUGAAAACAAUGGCCAUACAGUUCAAUUAGGAGUUGAGGAAUCAACAAAGCCAGUGUUGACUGGUUCAGCUGUGGACAAUAAAAUUUAUGUUUUUGCCCAAUUACACUUUCACUGGGGAACAGAUUCACUGUUGGGAUCGGAACAUUCAAUAAACUCAACAUUCUACCCAUUGGAGGGCCACUUGGCAUUUUACCGUAAAGAGUAUGAAAGCUUUGAUAAAGCCCUCAACUAUUCAGAUGGACUUGUCGUUGUCUCAAUCUUCUUCAAGCAUGCGGAUGAAGAAAAUCAUGCCUUGGAUCGAUUGAUUAAAGGAAUCCAAAAAAUUCCCAGAUAUCGAGACAAAUCACUGAUACCUGGCUUUUUCAAUUUCUCUGAUAUAUUGCCAAGUAAUUUAAACAAUUUCUAUAAAUACUCUGGAUCACUGACAACUCCACCUUGCCUUGAGAUAGUCACUUGGUUGAUUAUAGCUGAGCCAGUCAACAUUUCAGAAGGACAAACGGAAAUAUUCCGACAUGAAAGAGCUAAUAUGAUUUCUUCCAAGACUGGGGAAUACGCUUACCUUAAUCACAACUAUCGAGAGCAAUCACCAUUAAAUCAUCGACGAGUAACUGCAUCAUUCAUGGUCAACUCAAAUACGGACCAAAAUGAAUAUAUAGCUUGAUCACUGAAUAUAGUACAAAUAUUUACUUGUUGAUAUUGAACUGGCAAGCUUUUCUGUAAAUUUUGAGCUUGCAAUUUUUGUUAUUAAAUUAUCAAAAUAAGCUUAAUGAUUAUGAACUAAAGAUGAGACAAAAAGGUUAGUGAUUUCUGAGUGAUUGCUGAAUAAAUUUUUAUAGACAUUGGUACAGAUUGAAACAUAAAUAUUAAAAGCUUGUGUUUAAAUUAUCCUAAAAAACAAGUAAAUAUUGUAAACCCCUAUAAUUGUGUUCAUUUAAUAAUCAAUUUAAUGAAAUUGGUGUCAAAAGAAAGAUACAAUUAUUGAAUAUAAACUCACUGAUUGAUUAAAGUGUAGUUCACCAUUGUACUAAUUGGGUUGUUAGACCUUACACACUGUAAUUGUAAUUGUAAUUUUAACGUUCAAUGUACCCUAAAUUGCACUCAUUUUUGAAUGUUUAUCAAUCAUCUUUAAAUUGAGAUCAUUGGGAGUUAAAAACUAAAAUAACACAACAAAUUUUGACAUUGAUUAAAAGCGAAAGGUUAAUUUCAUUCACAA